GUUGAAAUCUGUCAUUCCUAGGACCAAUGACUUCCUCUUCUUGUUCGUCACUUCUCCCGCCGGAGUUUUUUCACUCCCUUCAACUCAUUUCGUCUUUUUGAGUGUACCGAAAAUACAAGUCAACCUUUUUAUCGUUUCCGGACCAGAGUGUUGAGAAAAUUGAGGGAAUAAAAACGAUUGAAUUGAACUUCACACAAUCAUGCAAUUAAUUCUUAUUCAUCUCACAUUUCACGAGCGGGCACGGAUCAAUGAUGAAUUUUCGAAAUCUACGAUAGUACUUAUCACUAGUAUUACUCAUGCUUAUCGAAGUACGCACUGAUAUCACUCCCAACAAUCUCACAUUUGCUGUUUGAAAUUUAACUUAUAAGAGGCUAGCCAUUUCUCUCCCAUUUAUUAUAGCAAUUUAUUCCUGACCAAUUCAAUAAAUACACAAGGGGAUGAAUUCAUAACGAGGAAGCUUUAGAGACCCUGAAGAAAUGGCGCUGACCGUAUCCUCGGCCCGUGUUUUCAACGGAAACGUGGGAAAAGAGGGAUACUCUGGCUCCACAGCCUCAACUGGAUCCAAAUGUCACUGUUGUCCCUUUGGAUAUCAUAUUGAUUUGGAUUUCGUCGAAUAUUGUGAAGCCGUUGCUGCUGGAAAUGGUGGAGAUAGAUCUACUAUGGAAAGACGUAAGAAAAGAGAAAAACGGAGGCAAUGCCAAUCAAUGGAAAUUCUGCUAGGUCUGGUCGAUCCGGUUCUCAACGAUAUUCAAACAGAGCUAUCUGAUUUAUCGCAGAACGAGGCUAUCUCACCCAGAAGCAACCUAGUGACCUUGCCAAGGUCAGGUCAUUCUGGACGAUCGACAGGAAAUGUCGAGAAGUCAAUGGCCCUGGACUUGAAUGACGCCAUUGGUGAUUUCGAGGCAACUCUCAAAAGACUCUCCAAACCCUCAAAACCGAAAAAUCAAUAUAAAAAAGAGGCUGAGACAGACGGGAGCUCUCCGAUAUCCCCCAUCCAAAAUGCAGCUCACGUGGAUCGGUCUAUGGAUUUUGAUAACGCGAGUAUUGGAAGUGGUAAUUCGAAUAACAGCACUGGGGCCCUUCAGAACAUUAGGGAACAAAUGGCGGCAUCGUUGGAACGUAUGCGCGAAUUGGAAGAGCAAGUCAAGGUCAUACCAAUAUUACAGGUUCAGGUAUCAAUUCUCAAGGAUGAGAAGCGGAAUCUGCAGUGUCAGGUGCAGGAGCUUAAUAAAACAAGACUGAGCGAGGAAAAUGAUCAAAGAUUGCGGAGCCAAUCUCUCUCCGAGCGAUACACUCCACGAAAUUCAAACACCACCAGAGACAUGGGGACAAUGUGUGGCAUCGUAACACGAGACGUAGGCGUAUCUCAUCAACAGAUCCGUACACGCGAUGUGGGGAUGGUUACGAGUACCCCUAUUCAACCACUGGGUGAUCCUAAAUUGGGAAAAUUUUCAGCCCUCAGAAUCGAUGAGAGGGAUCUAGACUACAGGCAAAAUCUGUCCCCCAACCUGAAUAAAAGUACAAAAUUUUCGUUUUCAACGAGUGACACUUGCAGUUUGUCAAGAUUAUCGAGGAGCAGUGAAACAAGUGAGGACACUUCCCCUGGAGUAUACCGGAAGAAUUCACUGAGGCGAGGACCACUCAAGGUGGAGAAUAUCCAGCCGGAUACAAAGCAGUUCAAAGAUAGUUCCACAAUUACAGAUAAAGCUAAACUUACAUUUUCGGUGGGUACUGAAACAAAAUUGAGGAGCAAAGAUAUCUAUACCCCCGAUGAUUUAGCUUUCAUUGUUGAGGAUGCCAUCAAUACGUAUAAGGAAGCUGUGAAAAAGAAAACAUCAACAAAAGGAGUUCAGACUAUCUUGCAGACUCACACGAAGAAGCACCAGGAGGUACAGGUGUCAGAACCAUUUAGGAUGAAAUCAAAUGUAGGAGUGACUGCUAAACCGAGAACUUCAGAGACUGGCACUGAGGUGGGACCUGGACCAGGUACACGUUCGAUUGCCACUGGACCAGAUCCUGUCUCAAUCCAAACGGUAUCAUUGAACUUGAUGAAUGUUCGGAGUCACUCGUUCAAUUACGGUGAUACCAAGCCAAAACGUAAGACCACGAAAUCCAUAGGUGUCAGCGUCGAAGGACUUAUCAAAACCACUGCACGGAGUACAGACACCACCGGCCUCAAACCGAAAACCCGUGAAUUUGGAACGUCACCGAUUAAAAAAAAAUUCGUUGACGUUUCUGUUGGGGAUUCUCUCAAACCACACAUUGCUAUAUCCUGCGCUGCCAAUUACUGUGACAACUGCAAAGAAACAAUAAAGUCCCUCGCCAAGCAGAUGUCGAGCAGCACCGAUAAUAAUUAUAAAAAUGUUGAAAACCCCAGCGCAAAUGUCACGUCUAAAAUACCACGACCUUCUCACAUUCCCCUCAAUUCGCAAGAUUUCAGAAGGCAGUUCAAGAGACAAGAUACGUACACCAAAAUUCCCAUUGGAAUCAUUCGAUACGACGCCGAUAACAGAGAUAAUUAUGAAUCAAGGAGCAAUAAACUGGAGCGCCUUGAAGCCGAGGAGAACCGCGAUGAGAAUAAUAAAUCGAGCACAUUGUCAUCGCCUGAAAAGGAAGGACACAAAGAGGAGAAAGCCCUUCCUGACUCAGCCCUGUUCGAGCCAAUCAGAGACAAAUCCCGAGUGAAAAAAGAGCCCUCGAAGGAGAUGAGGGCUGCCAUGAAAGUGCUCAACGACAAUCUGCGAAAAUCACCGAGUAAAAAUAUUUCGCAUCAGACGAAAAAUGCAUCAAACAUAAUCCAACAGGAAUGGUUCAACAUAUCUAGUACAGUGAAUGCUAAUCCCCUGGAUGUGGAGGACUAUCUCGAUUGCUUCGAGGAGUACUCGAGUUUUCUUCUCGAGUACAUCGUCAAUAUGACGGAUUCAAGUGGAAAUACAGCGAUGCAUUACGCAGUGUCUCAUGGAAAUUUCGACGUGGUCUCGAUAUUACUUGACUCGAAGGUCUGUGAUAUUAACAAAUCCAAUGUUGCGGGAUAUACAGCUGUAAUGCUGGCUGCAUUGGCUGAAGUGAGAAAUUCAACACACGCCUCCGUGGCCAACAGGCUCUUCCAGCUUGCCGAUGUCAAUAUCAGGGCUAAGCUGCAUGGACAAACAGCUCUGAUGCUAGCUGUUUCCCACGGUCGCAGAGACAUGACCCAUCUGCUCCUGGAGGCUGGAGCAGCUGUCAAUAUCCAGGAUGAGGACGGCAGUACAGCUCUCAUGUGUGCAGCUGAACACGGCCAUACAGAUAUCGUUCGCAUGUUAUUAUCUCAUCCGGAUUGUGACUCCUCUAUUACUGAUAUUGAUGGCAGUUCUGCUUUGAAAAUAGCUCUGGAGGCUGGACACCGUGACAUUGGCAUUUUACUGUACGCCCACGAACAUGUUAAUCGAGGCACCAGCCCGUACUCCUCGAUACGGAGGAGUCGAAGGGGUUCUAAACCCACAACGCCCACUGGUCCCUCACCAUCGGCUCCAGUGAGUCCAGCACCUUCUCGUAGAUUUCACUCCGCCAACACCUCUCUCACCACUUCCAAAUAUUCCAAGUAAAACAUCUCAUUCUUUCUCCACAGCAUCUCUAUUUUUCUAUACCAUUUUACAUGAACAUUGUUGCGUUUCUCACAGGAGAAAACUAGUCACUAAAUUAUCUCACGCCAAGAAUUAGUAGUUUUCUCUCAGGGUGCUGUAUAAUGAAAUCUCUUGGUGCUGCAUUCCUCAUUUUCUCUAGCCUCAUUGAAAUCCCACUCACUAUUCACAUUCGAUUCCAUUCAACUGUCAGAAACGUCCCGAAUUCUAUGAAAAUAAAUUAGGUGUAAUGUCUUCCAAAUGCCAAAUUGGUGGAUGGCGUGAGAGGAAUGACAGGGUGAGAAUUUCAUUCAACAUUCCAGUGGUGAGAAUAAAAAGCUCAAAGUAGACAUUUUAGACAGGCCUAUGUGGUUUUUACUGGCCGUUGGGGACAGAUCAUUAUUUUUUUUCCCUGUGUCGUUUAUUAAAACUUUUUAUCGUCUUGCAAUUAUCAAUCGCUGGACGCCAGCAGGGCAAAUAAGUGAAUGGAAAAUUGAGAGGAUAACGGAUCAAGAACGAAAUACGAAAAACAAUUAUUUAACGUUGAUGUUGUAUACUGAUCUAUAUCUGGUAAAUCGUCAGACUGAUUUCUGAUCCCAUUAUUAUUCGAUAGGAUACGAGUGAAUAAAUAGCACACAUUGAAUGUUUAGCGUGGGAGAAUUAAGAGGUGAAAUCAUAGAUUGUUGAAUAUUCGAUUUGUCGAGAGGUAGAGUUGAAACACGUGUUGGUGGAAAAAAUAUCAAGUUUUUUCAUUAUGAUUGGAGGGUUGUGAAUAGAAUAUUAAGUUGAGUUGUGAUGGUAAUUCAUCCGAGAAAUACGUUUCCAUCAUUAUACUAAAUAAAUAAUGAAAAGAUACGCCUACGUAAAAUAAAAUGAUCAAUUUAUCGAGAUGUUAACACUAGGUAAGUUAUUGACUUCAUUAUGAUACGAGUGUGUGAAGUGUGGUUUAGUCAUGUAGCCGAGAGUAUUUAGAAAAACUCAAAGUAAAAUAACUUUUUUCAUUGUUUGUGCCUUUAUAUAUGUGAAAUAUCAAAAAUCAAUAAAUCUUUCAGUCAUUAAAAUGUUUAUUCGUACCGAUAUUUUCGUAAACAAAGUGAGUAAUCCAUUUGUUUACAUCGCACAUUGCAUUACGUGAUCAUUAAUUCAAAUGUUCAAUUAAAUUAUUUGGUGAUAUGUAUUCUCUGGAGUAUAAUAAAAUGCAAUUGAAAAAUUUAAUUAAAAAGCAGGUGAGUAGCAGAGAAAAGGAAAGACUUGGUGCAGUGACCUCACGUCAAUCUGACAAGAUGUUGUUAUGUCUUGUCCUUUUCUAUUGACAUUGCCGUCACCUGACAAGUGUUUGAAUGAACACAUGGACAUGCGCAUGCGUUGUGAAAAUUUUACGUGCCGAAUGUGUCAAACGGCCAACGACAGCUGGAGGAGCUGGAAUAAGUGAGAGGUUAGGAUAAGGUUUAUGUACUACACAAUAUUAAUCUGUGUUUAUACGUAUACAAAGAAUUGAUGAAGUUGGUGACGUGGAAUUCUUCGAGCUUGGAAAAUCUCGAAUCAGUUGACAGAGAGAACAACUAGACUUGCGAUAAAAGUGUCAAUAAA